AUGUCUGUUGCUGCUGCCCGAUCCUCUGCCGUCAAGGUUGACUGGGGAAAGAUUGUCUCUUCCCUGGGCCUGACCGGCGCCACCGUGUCUUCCCUCCAGGCUUUCCGAAAGCGACACGAGGAGGCCAAGAAGAACGCCUACGAGCUGCAGAACCAGCCCACUACCGUGGACUUUGCCCACUACCGAAAGGUGCUUAAGAACCAGAAGGUUGUGGACGAGAUUGAGCAGCACUUCAAGUCGUUCAAGCCCGUGACCUACGACGUGUCCAAGCAGCUCAAGACCAUCGACGCCUUUGAGGCCAAGGCCAUUGAGGAUGCCAAGGCCACCGAGGGCAAGGUCAACCAGGAGAUUGGCGAUCUGCAGAAGACCCUGGAGAACAUUGAGUCUGCUCGACCCUUCGACCAGCUCUCUGUUGACGACGUGUUCAAGGCCCGACCCGAUCUCGAGAAGAAGAUCGAGGAGAUGGUCAAGAAGGGCCGAUGGUCCGUUCCCGGCUACAACGAGAAGUUUGGCUCUGUCGUUCUUAUGUAA